CCAAAAAAAAAAAAGAAGAAGAAUCCUGCUCAUUAGACAAACAAUCCUAGUAGAGACGAAAUGUGAAAAAAUUGGCCAAAAUCAAAUAAAACGAAAAUAAACAAAACAAACAAACAUAAUCAAUCCAAAAUAGUUAAUAAAAAUCCCCAAAAAUAUGUUAAAUGCUUUUAAAAGAAGAUUUCGCACUUUGCUGCAGCGUUUGGUGUUAUUAGCCAUCCUGGCUGGGAUUUUCAUGCUGGUGGUGUCCUACAUGAAUUUGGAAUUUUGCUAUAGAAUCAUGUCACAAAAUAGUCUAACUUAUAUGUGUAAAAAGUACAAAAACUAUGAAUAUAGUGGCUCGUUGUGUGAGGAAUUGUGUACUAAUGAACAGUCCUUUAAGUCCUUUAAAUGUCCCCAAAAUGACAUGAGCACAAUUAUGUUUACGGCUGAGAAGAAUGGCGAUGUGUAUGCAAUUAAGUUGGCUCGCCACAUUAAGGAUGAUUUGAGCUGGGUGAAUAGACAUGGCGAGCAGGUGUAUCCAAAAAUAGAAAAUUUCCAUCAUAUUGUUAAAAUGCAUAUCACUUUGAAGUACAAUGUAACACUGGAUGAUAAUAUGAUUCGCGCCUUGGUGAAUCAAGAAAUCGACAAAAAUAAUCCGCAGCAAAUGUUAAACUUUUGGAGACUUUUCAAAGACAAUAACUACAUGAUGAGUAAACUGUAUGAUGAGGAGAAUUUAUUUCCCACAGUAUUGGGCUCCUGUGGUCCCUAUUAUGCCACCGAGAAUUUGAAUAUACUAAAAACUGAACAAACAUUGCUGCAAUAUAUCUCCUUUGAUUGGCAAAAACGUCUUAAGUUUGCCUUAAGCCUUAUGGAAUUUGUAUUUAAAAUGGAUGAAAUGAAACCGGAACCACUGAGAAUGUGUAAAAUGAAAAUAAGCAAUUUUGGGGUGACAGGAGACAAAAGAAUAAAAUAUGAAAAUGCCGAACAUGUGUUUGUGGAAACCCAAUUGGAUAAACUGCUAACGAAUGGAGCUGCCUGUGAGGAGGAUGUCGAUUGUAGUUACCACUAUUGCAUGGGCAAAUGUGAUCAGGAGAAGCUAACAUGUUCGGGUGUGCAACAGAACAAUAAUCUACAAAUAUUUUGUGACCAAAUCCUUAAAGGGGGCGGUCUAUUUCCCGGCCUCUUGGCCUCCGCCAAAACACCCAAAAAUCUCAUGAAACUAGUUAAAACUUGCAUAGAUCCCUCAAAGCUGGCAAAUAAUCAUGUGGCCGGCAGACAAUAUGCUCCAAAUACGGAAUUAGCCUUAAGGCUGUACAAUGAAAUGAAACGUUUACACAAGGCCACAGCAAAAGCUGGCAACUAGAUAAUUAAUACGAAGAGCUUUGUUCAGGAGCAUGAGAACAAUAUUGCAAAUUCCUGGGGGGAAAAAUAACUUAAAAAGUUGUUUUUUUCAAAUCCACUACUUUAAAUGAAAUGUACUUUAUUUAUAUUAGAUACAAAAAGAAAACCCUCCUUAAAUUAGGGUAGCAUGUAGUGAAACUAUAAGUCUAAAAUUACUGCUCAAUUACAGUGUUUUUAUUUUAAAAGCUAAUUUAUAAUAAAAUAAUUAAAACGGUGCGCUUUGCUACCCCAAUCGUAGUAAAA